UGGGGCGGCUCCCAGCGCCGCCGGCCGCGAGGCGCUGAACUGCGGGCGCUCUCCGGGCUAAGCCUGCGCCGGGCGUCUCGCUCACUCGCUCCCAGCUCCGCAGGCGGCCUGCGCGUCCUGACCACUGCGCCCGAGGAGGCCGAGGCGAAGGCAGGAGCUGGCCCUUGGCUCCGUGGCCAGCAAGGCUGUGGGGACAUGGCAAUCUGUGCGGGGCUCGUCCUGGAAGGGAGCAACUUGAGUCACUGUGAUGCCUGAGGAGCAGGUGUGACGUUCCUCUGGGUCCUUCAUGGUGUCCUCCUCCAUCUUCUCCACACCACUGCGCCACACGGCUCCUGAACCAUGGGGGAAAACGAGGACGAGAAGCAGACCCAGGCCGGGCAGAUUUUUGAGAACUUUGUCCAGGCUUCCACAUGCAAGGGCACCCUCCAGGCCUUCAACAUCCUCACGCGACACCUGGACCUAGACCCCCUGGACCACAGGAACUUUUAUUCCAAGCUCAAGUCCAAGGUGACCUCCUGGAAGGCCAAAGCCCUGUGGCACAAGUUGGACAAGCGUGGAUCCCACAAGGAGUAUAAGCGCGGGAAGUCAUGUAUGAACACCAAGUGUCUCAUCGUUGGGGGCGGACCAUGUGGUCUGCGCACGGCCAUUGAACUUGCCUACCUGGGGGCCAAGGUGGUCGUGGUGGAGAAGAGGGACACCUUCUCCCGGAACAACGUGCUGCACCUCUGGCCUUUCACCAUCCAUGACCUGCGGGGCCUGGGAGCCAAGAAGUUCUACGGGAAGUUCUGUGCUGGCUCCAUCGACCACAUCAGUAUUCGUCAGUUACAGCUCAUCCUAUUCAAGGUCGCCCUGAUCUUGGGAGUUGAAAUCCAUGUGAAUGUGGAGUUUGUGAAAGUUCUGGAGCCACCCGAAGAUCAAGAAAACCACAAAAUUGGCUGGCGGGCAGAAUUUCUCCCUGCUGACCACUCCCUGUCAGAGUUCGAGUUCGAUGUCAUCAUUGGUGCUGAUGGCCGCAGGAACUCACUGGAAGGGUUCAGGAGGAAAGAGUUCCGUGGGAAGUUGGCUAUUGCAAUCACUGCCAACUUCAUAAACAGAAACAGCACCGCUGAGGCCAAGGUGGAAGAGAUCAGCGGCGUGGCCUUCAUCUUCAAUCAGAAAUUCUUCCAGGACCUUAAGGAGGAAACAGGGAUCGAUCUGGAGAACAUUGUCUACUACAAGGACUGCACCCACUACUUUGUCAUGACUGCCAAGAAGCAGAGCCUGCUGGACAAAGGGGUCAUCAUCAACGACUACAUCGACACAGAGAUGCUGCUGUGCUCGGAGAAUGUGAACCAGGACCACCUGCUCUCGUACGCCCGCGAGGCUGCAGACUUCGCCACCAACUACCAGCUGCCAUCCUUAGACUUCGCCAUGAACCACUACGAGCAGCCCGACGUGGCCAUGUUCGACUUCACCUGCAUGUACGCCUCGGAGAACGCGGCCCUGGUGCGCGAGCGCCAGUCCCACCAGCUGCUCGUGGCCCUGGUGGGCGACAGCUUGCUUGAGCCCUUUUGGCCCAUGGGCACGGGCUGUGCCCGCGGCUUCCUGGCAGCCUUUGACACAGCCUGGAUGGUGAAGAGCUGGGACCAGGGUGCUCCUCCGCUGGAGCUGCUGGCUGAGAGAGAAAGUCUUUACCGGCUGUUACCUCAAACGACCCCGGAGAACAUAAACAAGAACUUUGAGCAGUACACGCUGGACCCAGGCACACGGUACCCAAACCUCAACUCCCACUGUGUGCGGCCCCAUCAGGUGAAGCAUUUGUACAUCACUAAGGAGCUGCACCACUCCCCCCUCAAGAGGCUGGGCUCCAUGAGGAGAUCCGUGGGCCUCUCCAGGCAGGAGUCAGACAUCCGGCCCAGCAAGCUCUUAACCUGGUGCCAGCAGCAGACCGAGGGCUACCAGCACGUCAACAUCACCGACCUGACCACGUCCUGGCGGAGUGGCCUGGCCCUGUGUGCCAUCAUCCACCGCUUCCGGCCUGAGCUGAUCAACUUUGACUCUCUGAACGAAGAUGAUGCUGUGGAGAACAACCAGCUGGCGUUUGACGUGGCCGAGCGAGAAUUUGGCAUCCCCCCAGUGACCACAGGCCAAGAGAUGGCGUCAACGCAGGAGCCCGACAAGCUCAGCAUGGUCAUGUACCUGUCCAAGUUCUAUGAGCUCUUCCGGGGCACCCCGCUGAGGCCUGUGGACACUUGGGGCAAAAACUAUGGAGAAAAUGCUGACUUGGGCGUGGCCACAUCAUCCCUUCCUCACAACUAUCUCAACCUCACGCUUCCCAGGAAGAGGACUCCACGAGUGGACAACCAAACGGAGGAGAAUAACGACAUGAACAAACGGAGGCGGAGAGGCUUCAACAGCCUGCACGAGCGGUCAGCCUUUUCCAGCCGGAGUUUGGGCUCCAGUCAAGAGGGCGGUGUCAGUAAAGAAGGUGGAAAUCAGAACAAAGUCAAGUCCAUGGCAAGUCAGCUGCUGGCCAAGUUCGAGGAGAGCUCUCGGAACCCUUCACUCCUGAAGCAGUCUGACUCAGCCUUUUCCUUCGUGUUUCCUGCGGCUGCUAUUUUGGACUUCCCGUCCUCCUCCCAGGAACGCCAUGUCUCGGGGACAGGUAAGCCUGUCCUUCGCUCGUCCUCUGACCCUCCUGUUCACUCUCGCUGUCUCCAGCCAGAAGAUCUCACCGCCAGCCCGCCGCCUCCUCUGAAAAGGCAGUUCCCCUCCGUGGUUGUGACGGGGCAUGUGCUCCGAGAGAUAAAUCAAGUGCCUGCUGGCGGAGAGUGCCCGAGCCGGCCCCGCAGAGCCCGAGCCCAGUCUGACCUGCAGCUGGGGGGGCGCGAAGAAAUCCCUGCCUGCCAGGGGGCGCUGGCCCUGUCGGGGGUGCUGCGGCGGCUGCAGCUAGUGGAGGAGAAGAUUCUCCAGAAGAGGGCUCAGAACUUGGCCAACAGGGAAUUUCACAAAAAGAACAUUAAGGAGAAGGCGGCUCACCUGGCCUCCAUGUUUGGACAUGGGGAUUUCCCUCAGAAUAAGCUCCUCUCUAAAGACCUGUCUCAUACUCAGCCUCCGUCUUCUCCCUCCUGCCUUCCAUCUCCUGACCCAGCAGCUGCCGCUUCCUCUCCGUCGGCUGUUGACUCUGUUUCUCCUGCCAGAAAGCUGACGGUAGGGAAAGUGUCCAGCGGAAUAGGGGCUGCAGCCGAAGUCCUGGUCAAUCUGUACAUGAAUGAUCACAGGCCUAAGGCCCAGGCCACCUCUCCAGACCUGGAGACGACUCGAAAGGCCUUUCCCCUGAACCUGGGCGGCAGCGACACCUGCUUCUUCUGCAAGAAGCGCGUGUACGUGAUGGAGAGGCUGAGCGCCGAGGGCCACUUCUUCCACCGGGAGUGUUUCCGCUGCAGCGUCUGCGCCACCACCCUGCGCCUGGCCGCCUACGCCUUCGACUGCGAGGAAGGCAAGUUUUUCUGCAAGCCUCAUUUCAUUCACUGUAAAACCAAUACUCAGCAACGGAAGAGACGGGCAGAUCUGAAGCAACAAAGAGAGGAGGCGGGAAUGUGGCCGGAGCACGAAGCCCCUCGGCAAGAACCUCCCACAGAAAGCUCUUGUGCAGCCGCUGCCCUGGGCCCCGCAACGGGCAGCCCCCCAGACGAGCCAACCUCCCCCAAGAAGCCCAAGAGCGUCCCGCAGCCAGAGUCCGGCGAUGUGGAAGGCGAAGCCACCUCUCCCCCGCCCUCCGAGUGGACCUCCGUGAGGAUCAGCCCCGGGGAGGGCGUGGCUGGGCAGGACGUGCUGGCUGUGCGUGUCCUGGUCACCAGUGAUGACGACAGCAGCUCUGAUGCGGAGUUGAACUGCAGCAGCCACAGCAGCGAGGCCUCCAGCAUGGAGCCCUGUGAGGAGAGAUCCCAGCAGCCGGACCCCCCAACCCCGCUGGAGCCCCUCAGCCGCCACAUCUGCCUGAGGGAGCCCCUCAGCCGCCACAGCUCCCUGAGGGAGCCCCCGAGCAGGGCCGCCUCUGCACAGGGCUCCGAGGAGCCCCAAGCUCUGCAUGCUCUGCAGCGGGCCAACAGCCUCCAGUCCCCAAGUCUCAGCAAAUACCAGAGCUGGAGAAGAACGUGCCCGCCAAGUUCCACGCCGGUGAGCUAUGCGAGAAUUGUGCCGCCUCCACAGGACGCGUCCCCUUCCGCUUCUGCUUCCUCCUUGUCUUCUGCCUCCUCCUCCCCCGCGUCCUCCGCAGACAGUGUCCCAGGCUACGUUCUGAGAGGUCCCCCCUCACCUCAGGCCUCAAGAGCUCAUUUCAGCCCUUCCACCCCGAUCGUUCUGAGGCGAGCCAGAGCCCAGGCAGCACCCAGCGAAAUCCCUCUCUACCUGCCGCACGGCCAGGUGCUGGGGCGGCCAGAGCGCUGCCUGGUGAGGCCGGGGGGAGAGGGCCUCGCCAGCCCCAGGCCCCCCAGCCCUGCAGCGGUGGCUUCCGAUGGCUCUCAGGAUGCCAGCGGCAUCCACAGAGGCCCACACCCCAUUGGAGGGCAGGGCAGGUGCUCGCCAGACCAGGAGCUGUCUCCUAGGGCUGCGGAGGGCUGGGGACAAGGGUAUCCGGACUCCCAGACCCGGACGGGAGAGGACGGUGGGUCCGAGCCAGCCGAGGGGAAGAAGCCGGGCUUGAAGAAGCUGGCUCUCACCCAGGAGCAGAAGAGCCAGCUGCUGGAUUGGAAUGACUCCCACCCCCAGAGCUCGCGCCUGGACACUGGGCCGCAGCCUUCCCAGAACGGUGCCCAGCAUGGCAGAGGCGGCCGUGUGCUGAAGCCAGUCCGCCCCUUGGUGCUCCCGGGGAGAGAGAGCCUGCCCGCUCAGGCAGAGGCUCCGGAGAAGAGGGGGACCCCCGCUGGAAGGACUUCAGGGGAGCAAAGCGUGGCUCCACCCAAGUCCCCACUGAGACUCAUUGCCAACGCCCUCCGAAGGUCCUUCCAGGCCCUCUCCCACCCGGAAGGCGGGAGGAAGGCUUUGCCUGCCAGCCAGCCGCAAGCUUGCACGCGCUCCUUCAGCCUCCGGAAACCCAGCGGCCACAAAGACUGGAACCAGCCGUCCCCCGGGAGAGACAUGGCCAGCAGGGCCUCUGCCUUCUUCUCCCUGAGCAGCCCGCCGGUCAGGGCCGCCCAGCCCCCCACCCCUGGCCUUCCCGACCCUGCCCUCUGCACCCACAGCUUGCCCAGCGGGCCCUCCAGGAGGUCCCCUGCGUUGGCAUCCCCACCCUGCAGCAAGAUGGACGAUGUCCCCAAACUCCUGGAGAAAGUGAGCUUGCAAGAGACCUUUCCAGAUGCUUCCAGGAGUCCAAAGAGAAAAAUCUUCUCCUCCCUCAGACUCAAAGACAGAUCGUCGGAGAGUUCUCUCCAAGAAUCCAGGCUAAGAAAGGACUUCCGUGACAUCUUCAGCAUCCCCAAGGGGAAGGUGCAGCCUGUGGACAGUGCGCGGCUGGGGCAGAGGGCCGGCCCUCCUUCUCCAGAGCGAGAUGCAAGUCCCAAGCACGUCCCCAUCAGGGCGCAGGUGACAGGGGCUGCCUCCUCCUCCACCACCUCCUCCUCGGCAGAUGAAGAAUCUGAUCCCCAGCUUUCCUUGCGGUCAAAGGAGAGGAAGACACUUAGAAGAAGAAGGAAGUUGGAGAAAGCAACAAAACAACUGGUUAAGCAAGAAGAAUUAAAAAGACUUCAUAAAGCUCAGGCCAUCCAGAGGCAGCUGGAGGAGGUGGAGGAGCGGCAGAGGGCCUCCGAGAUCCAGGGCGUGAGGCUGGAGAAGGCGCUCAGAGGAGAAGCAGAUUCAGGCACACAGGAUGAAGCACAGCUUUUGCAGGAAUGGUUUAAGCUGGUUCUGGAGAAGAAUAAAUUAAUGCGAUAUGAGUCGGAGCUACUGAUCAUGGCCCAAGAGCUAGAAUUAGAAGAUCAUCAAAGCAGACUGCAGCAGAAAUUACGAGAGAAAAUGCUUAAGGAGGAGAGCCAGAAAGAUGAGAAUGAUCUAAAGGAAGAGCGAGAAAUAUUCGAUGAGAUGAUGCAAGUGAUUAAGCAGAGGGACCAACUCGUGGAUUCCUUAGAGGAGCAGCGCAUCAAAGAAAAGGCUGAGGACCAGCACUUUGAAAGCUUCAUAUUCUCCAGGGGCUAUCAGCUGAGCAGGACGUGAGCACGGCCCCCCCACUCGGAGCCAGCCAAGGACGGGAUCCUGCCCAGCACACCUCACACACUCCGACUUCCUUUGGCAGCAUUCGUCAGACCUGCGACUUGAGUUACAACCAUAUGGCAAUAUGUUUUCAAAAAUUAAAAUUCUCUCACAUGUACUACAGCUGCCCCAGAUCCUUCCUUCCAGAGGAUAUAAUGGAGAAAAUGCAAAGACGCUUUUGGAAUCGGCAGUCCACCUCAGCAGAUCUCUCUGAUUGGAGGUGGCCUUGGCAGGUGGCCAGCAUUGUUUUCCCUAGAAGGUGACACAGAUGGACUUUCCUUCUGCUUUUUACCACGUAUAUGCCCAAUCCAUUGAGUUGCACAUCUUAAGAUUUGUUAAGAAGCUGCCUUUUCAUUAAUAUAGCCACAUUUGCCUUUUUUCAUUUUUCAUGGAUGACUGGUUUCCAAAUGUCAGGAGGAAGCAGCAGUAGUUUAAAGAUUAGGUUAAUAUUUAAAUUGUUUCUCCAGCGAAAGAGGAGAAACCUUGAGAUUACUGAUUACAUAAAGCAAAUAACUCACAUAGCAGGUGUUAAUUCAAUCCAGGGUGGAUUUAAUUUACCAGGUGUACUUAUAAGCCUUAAUAUAAUAUCCAUAAGCAAUGAGAGUUUAAUAGGACAUUUGAACUUUCAUUUUAUUUAAAAAAGAAAGGAAAUAGAACUUUGUACCAGCAGGGUCACUAAUUUUCACCAAGUACUGUUGGCUUAGAAAGGCUUUUUAUUCUCAGAGUACUGUCCUUAUGGCCCCUGGGACAUACUGGAAAGCAUUUUUAGAAAAUGAAUAU